AUGCGGUUCUCCAACUUCCUCCACCUCAGCGUCCUCACCAGCACAACCGCAGCCACGGCGUCCGACCAAGCAGCCCAGGAGCCCAUCCACCACCGGCUCCCCCAACAUCCUCCCCCGGGGCACCUCCCCGUCAUGAUGCCCGCGCCCGACGACGGCCACGUCCAGCCCGCCGUGCUGCUCAUAGACAUCCUCGGCACCCAGCGCUCCCUCACCACCUUCUUCUCCCUGUCGCGCCUCCACGAGGACACCAGCGAGCCCCUCGGCGACGCAAAGACCAACACCACCGUCCUCGCGCCCAACAACAUCGUCAUCGAAGACCUCCCGCGCAAGCCCUGGGAGAACCCCGGCGACUACGACGCCCUAGGAUCGCAGGCCUACGACGGGUCGGGCGGCAAAGACCGUGCCGACGAGAACCUGCGCAAGUUCGUCCAGGCGCACUUGGUCAUCGGGACGAGUCCGUGGGAAGCCGGCGCCGAGGUCAAGACGGCCGCCGGGACAACCAUCUGGUGGGAGGCCAAGAAGGAUGAUAACGGCGACGAGAAGAGAGUCAUCAUGCCGGAUGGCGUAGAGGUAGAUCGUGUCGCCAGCCGGGUCGCCAAUGGCGAGGUGUGGAUUCUGAAAGGCGUUUUGAAUUACGCGUGA